UGCUUUGCAUAACUUAUAGCUGAAAGCUGAAACAGUUUCCUAUUGAAAAUAACUGUUAUUAGCGGAAUCAAAGAUAACUUCUUAUCAUAUGGCUUUGACAGUUUCUAUCUGACAGUUAAGUUCGUGGUGUGCAGUCGUUUUUGAUUUUGCGAUUUCGCAAAUUUGCAGUUUUUAAGUUAAAAGUACUUAAAACGACUUAAUAAAACACAAAAAUGACGACAGAGAAGAGAAUAGAUAUCACGCAGCCUCUAUGGGACCAGAGCACGUUCGUGGGCCGUUUUCGGCACUUCGCUUUCAUCUCUAACCCCUUGCUCACUUUCGUGCCUGAGAAGCAAUUGUACGAAGCCAGAGACCUCUAUUUGAAGUAUAAAGCAGGUGAGGAGCCAGAGGGCACGACGAUGUCGCAGGUGGUGCGUGCCAAGCAGCUGUAUGAGUCUGCCUUCCACCCGGAUAGCGGAGAGCUGCAGAAUGUGUUUGGCAGGAUGUCCUUCCAGAUGCCCGGCGGCUGCCUCGCCACCGGCGCCAUGCUGCAGUGGUACAGAACAGCGACCGCGGUGGUGUUCUGGCAGUGGGUGAACCAGUCGUUCAAUGCGCUGGUGAACUACACGAACCGCAACGCGAACGCGCCGCUCAGCACCGCGCAGAUGGGCGCCGCGUACGUCUCCGCUAUGACCGCCGCCAUGUCCACCGCGCUCACAUUCAAAUUCGUCAUACAGAAACGUGCCACAAAUCCUAUUUUAGCGAGGUUCGUGCCGUUCGUGGCGGUGGCGGCCGCCAACUGGGUCAACAUCCCUCUUAUGAGGCAGAAUGAAAUUUUAUUAGGUCUUGACGUGACAGACGAGCAAGGCAAAGUGAUCGGCAAGUCUCAAGUCGCACCAAUCAAGGGAAUAUCGCAAGUUGUUACCUCCAGGAUCGUGAUGUGCGCGCCGGGCAUGCUGCUGCUGCCGGUCAUCAUGGAGCGCAUCGAGCCCCGGCCCUGGAUGCAGAGGAUCCGGCGCGGACACAUCCUCGUGCAGACCGCCAUCGUCGGCAUGUUUUUAACAUUCAUGGUGCCCACAGCGUGCGCGCUUUUUCCGCAGAGAUGCAAACUCUCAAUAGAUACUAUCAAACGUUUUGAGAAGGAGAAUUAUGAAGAGAUAGUGAAGAACACGGGCGGUAACCCGCCACAGUAUGUUUAUUUCAAUAAGGGAUUGUAGAUAAAUAAGUUUAAUUCACGUUGUAUAGAAAUGCAAUAAUUUAGCAAGAAUAGUACGAAUUAUUUGUGUUGUACACUCGCGUACACAAGUGUCAGAAUUUUUUUACAGUUGAAAAAUUAAAAAGUAUAAAAUAGAUUCCAGUUAAAAGGUAUUGUAAAAAUAAACGGUUAUUACUGAAAUUGAUUGAUCCUUUUGAUGUUAUAAACAGUUGUUCCUUUCACAAUAUAUUAUGCGACAGAUAUAAAAGCAAUAUAAAUAUGUACUCUCUUGUAUGAACAGAAUACUUGUUAGUACAGAAUACAAGAAAAUUUUAAAUCAUCAGAUUUCGAUUUUCAUUCCAAUAAAAAUAAAACACUUUUAAUGAGUUUUUAAAGAAAUGACAAUAUAUUUCAGUUUGAAUGAUUUAGCGAUGAAAAUCCAUGUUUCUUUUUGACGUUUAUACUCGUAGUAAUCAAAUCUAUUCCAAAACAAAUAAUCGUUUUAUUUUUACAAAAAUAGAUAAAAAGACACUUACUGCCAUUAUAAAAAGCAAUAAUGAAGUUGUGAAUGACUGUACUUAUAUUAAAUAAAUGUUGCCACUAGAUGUAUUUGUUGCCAAUGUUAUAAAAUAUUCACUAGAUUAAAACGAUUUCUAUUGCGGAUUUGAUGCAAAAAUAAGUUGAUUUUUUAUAUAUGGAUGGCAAUAUUUUUUAGCAAUUACUAAGGGGAAAUUAAUAUUGUGCUUUUUUGUCUUUUUUGUCAACUGUUGUAUUUCUAUAGUAUUGUUGAUGUUUCCAAACCGCUUCAAGUAUUAUUAAAUGUUUGUUAUUUAUUGCAAUAAGAUCUCUGUUUUUGUAGGAGACAGUUUAUAAAAUUAACAUUUUUUUUUAUGAUGUAUUAGAUUUUUUUAGUUAAAAAUGGUUCCUAACUCAUUCUGACUUGUGUUUUCAUAAUUGCGAAUGUUUUGUGAAUUUGUAAUAGAGAAAAAAUUGUAAAAAAAAACCUCUGAUUAGAAAAAAAUCUCUCAUUUUUUAUUUUGUUGUAUUCAAAUAAUUUGGUAAAAAAAUGUCUUGUUGUUAGGUGACAUUGUCAAUUAUUGUUAAAUAUUUUGUGCUUCAGAGUCUAGUUCUUUCUAUUGUAUAUUUUUUUGUAAUUGGGAAAUGUUUUAUAGGAUAUUUUUGUUGUCGUAUAGAUUUUUUAAAAUUGUUCAGUUUUUUUUGUCUUAACAAUUUGCAAUUACGUACGAAUUUAUCCUGUAUACAUUCCGUUAUGAUAUAAAUUAAUCUAAUUUUUUUAUUGUUUAUUUUUUAUGUGCUUUUUGCUGAUUUUUUUAGAUUCAAUUAUUAAUCACUUAUUCCUCAUAUAAAGGAUCUGAAAUAUUUCGAACAAAUAAAACAAAAAUGUUUAUUUUAAUGUAAGACAAGAUUCCUAUUUUUUUUUUUUUGCUUUUUUGUAAUAUUUAUGCUGUAACUAAGUAAACCGGUAACUUAUCAACUUUAAAAGACAGCGCAUUUUAUAAUUUGUAAUCUAGUCUUUAUUUUUUGAGAUCGCUCAAAUUUUGUUUAUCUUGAAUCUGUGUUUAUAUGUUUUUUUGCUUUUUUUGCGUGUUUUUAGUAAUAAGAUAAUAGUAUUAUUUAGUAUUGGUUUGUGAUGGUGAGUGACAAUAAA